CCGCACACGUCUCCUCGGACGGGACUGUCGCAGAUCCUUGUCAUUCUGACCUGGGGAGCCCUGGAUUUCUCCCUCAGAGCUUCUGGCAGAAAUGUCUAAUGCAAAAGAAAGAAAACAUGCUAAGAAAAUGAGGAACCAGCCCACUAAUGUGACUUUAUCUUCUGGCUUUGUGGCCGAUAGGGGCACAAAGUACCAUAAUGGAGGUGGAAGACCUUUCCACCAAGCUCAAAAACAAGAGCCUUUCCCCGGAACUUCACGACAGCGGCAAACCAAAAUGACCCACCACUCCCCCAUGGAUCCUGAUGUGAAGGAGCAGUCUUCCUCCAAAAUCAUGUUUAAAAAGAAGGGAGGUUGGAAAGCAGGUCCCGAGGGCAUGUCUCAGGAAAUUCCCAAGUAUAUAACUGCUUCUACUUUUGCUCAAGCCCGAGCUGCGGAAAUCAGUGCUAUGUUGAAAGCAGUGACCCAGAAGUCUUCUAAUUCGCUGGUUUUCCAGACCCUGCCCCGGCACAUGAGACGGAGAGCCAUGAGCCACAACGUCAAGCGCCUUCCCAGGCGGUUGCGGGAGAUUGCCCAGAAAGAGGCCGAGAAAGCAGUACAUCAGAAAAAAGAACAUUCAAAGAAUAAAUGCCAUAAAGCUCGGAGAUGCCACAAAAACCGGGUGCUAGAAUUCAACCGUAGACAAAAGAAGAACAUAUGGUUGGAGACUCACAUCUGGCAUGCCAAGCGGUUUCACAUGGUCAAGAAGUGGGGCUACUGUCUGGGGGAGAGGCCGACGGUGAAGAGCCACAGAGCCUGCUACCGAGCCAUGACAAACCGCUGCCUCCUUCAGGAUUUAUCCUACUACUGUUGUUUGGAGUUGAAGGGCAAAGAGGAAGACAUUCUGAAGGCUCUUUCUCCGAUGUGUAGCAUAGAUGCAGGACUGACUUUCGCGGCAGUUCACUGCCUGUCUGGGAGGCGCCAAGGUAGUGUCCUGCUCUAUCGGGCAAACAGAUACCCUCGAGAGAUGCUGGGGCCCGUCACAUUUAUUUGGAAGUCUGAGAGGACACCCAGUCACACUUCUGAGAGCAGGCAGUUGUGGAUCUGGCUUCAUCCAACGCUUAAACAGGAUAUUUUAGAGGAACUCAAAGCGGCGUGCCAGUGUGUGGAACCCAUCAAACCCACCGUCUGCACCCCCGGCCCCCUGCCGACAACUUCUGAAGAAAAAAGCCAAACUGAACUGCCUGAUGAGAAAAUUGGCAAGAAAAGAAAACGGAAAGAUGAUGGAGAAAAUGGUAAACCCGUUAAAAAAGUCAUCGGUGACGGAACUAGAGACCCACACCAGCCGUCUUCUUGGAUCUCUGCAGCCACAGGCAUUAUAAUCAGUGAUUUGACGAUGGAGAUGAACAGGCUCCGGUUGAUCGGUCCGCUUUCCCACUCCAUCCUGACUGAGGCGCUGAAGGCCGCUUCUGUCCAGACCGUGAGAGUAAAUGCGACUGUGGUGCUUUAUUCCACUCAUGUCCUUCUUAGCAAAUUUGAGGGAGAAGACACGGAGAAGACACCUCACCACUGGUGGAUUGAAACCUGUAAGAAUCCUGAUAGCGUUUCCCUUCAUCACAGACAAGAAGCCAUUUUUGAGUUGUUGGGAGGAAUAACAUCACCAGCAGAAAUUCCAGCCGGUACUAUUUUGGGACUGACUGUUGGGGAUCCUCGAAUAAAUUUGCCUCCAAAGAGGUCCAAAGUUUUGCCCAAUCCAGAAAAAUGCCAAGAUAAUGAGAAAGUUAGACAACUGCUUCUGGAGGGUGUGCCUGUGGACUGUGCGCAUAGCUUUAUUUGGAACCAAGCUAUCUGUAAGAAUGUCACAGAGAAUAAAAUCUCGGAUCAGGAUUUAAACCGGAGAAGAAGUGAAUUGCUGGUGCCCGGGUCACAGCUUGUUCUAGGUCCCCAGGAAUCCAAGAUACCUAUACUUUUGAUUCAGCAGCCAGGGAAGGUGACCGGUGAUGACCGACGAGGCUGGGGAAGUGGCUGGGACAUCCUGCUCCCCAAAGGCUGGGGCAUGGCUUUCUGGAUUCCAUUUAUCUAUCGAGGGGCAAGAGUUGGCGGGUUAAAAGAGUCCGUGAUGCAUUCGCAGUACAAAAGGUCACCGGACAUCCCCGGAGAUUUCCCAGACUGCCCCGCGGGUGUUGUGUUUGCUGAAGAGCAAGCCAAGAACCUCCUCGAAAAAUACAAAAGGCGCCCUCCUGCAAAACGGCCCAACUAUGUGAAGCUUGGCACCCUGGCUCCUUUCUGCUGUCCUUGGGAGCAGUUAGCUCAGGAGUGGGAGUCAAGAGUCCAGGCCCAAGAGGAAUCCUUUGUGGCCUCCUCUCCAAGUGGUGAGGACAGUGACUCGAGGAGAGACAAGUUGCCUGGCGCGCCCACACCUGAAAACACGGAUCUGCAGUCUGACGAAGGGGGCACAUCUCCGAGCAGCUGCAGUGAGCCCCGAGAAGUCAUGGACACAGAGUGCCCAGCCCAGGUGGGGACCGCGUGGGUAGCGGGCCAGGAUGCCACCGGCAGUCUCCUCUGUGUUCUGCGGAGUAGGAAAUGGCUGAAGCAGCUGUCGACCUGGUGUGGGCCCAGCUCCAGGGACAAGCGGGCAGCCCGGCGGACUUCCGGCAGCGGGGAGCCAACACCGACGAGAGCGGCCUACCUGCCCCUCCUGGAGCGUUUCCCCAGGGCGCUGGUGUGGGUCAGCCUGGCCCUGCUGAGGAAGGGCAGCCCUGAGCCGCACUCCAUGAUCUGUGUCCCCGCCGAGGAGGACUUCCUCCGGCUCCGUGGGGAUCAGCUGUACUGUGGGCCCCAGGAAUCCAAGCACAGUGACCCCUUCAAGAGCGAGAUUCGGAAGCAGAAAGAGAGGAAGAAAGUGGAGAAGAGGCAGAACAAACAGGCGCCCUCUGAGCCUGAGGGUCUGGCCGGGGGCCCCCCUGCAGCCGGACACCGAGCUCUGACCCUGGGCCUGUGGUCAGGCCCCCUCCCUGGGGUGACUUCUCACUGCUCCAGAGUUCUCCUCGGCUUUGUCACGCAGGGAGACUUCUCCAUGGCCGUCGGUGGCGGAGAAGCCCUGGGGUUUGUUAGCUUGACGGGCUUGCUGGAUAUGCUGUCCACCCAGCCGGCAGCCGAGAGGGGGCUCGUGUUGCUGAGGGCGCCCGCCUCCCCGCAGUAUCGGUUUGCGAGAAUUGCCGUGGAGGUGUGAGCGCCCGUGGACACCCCACAGCAGAGACGGGCUAACUGCUUGUUUGCCAAGGCCCCCCGUUGGAGAGUUUUGUUUUUGCCAUCCUCUGCUUCGAAAUAUCACACGAAAUUCCUUGGAAAUGAGAAUAAAGAUAAGGCAUUAUGCAGA